GUGCGUUGUCUCUGCGUGCCGAGAGAACUCGGCUGAAUGUCCCCGCCGUCGUCCUCAGAUGGAUUACGACCCACCCCGGACAAAGCGCUCUGCUUAUUACUAACGGCAUUCUGAUCUUUACGCCAGCUGCUCUUACGGGCCCACUACUCGCAACGAUGGGCUUUGGGGCUUCAGGCCCUGUUGCUGGCGAGCUCCGUCGCCGCUUGGCUUCAGUCGAUACUAGGGAAUGUCGGGGCACAUAGUGUGUUUGCAUAUUUGCAGAGUGCAGCAAUGGGAGGAUAUGGGGUUGCUGCUGUUAAUGGGAUAGUGCAGGCUUGUGCCAUGAUUUCG